AUGUCAAAAUCAAUGGCAUCCAGCCAGUUGUCCGCAGCCCCCUCGAGUUCCAAGGCACGACUACCCCCAACGCCACAGGAAAGAGCACUUGCUAUCAAAAAGCUUCAAGAAGAAGCAUUAAGUCGACUCCCACUAGACUCUCUCUAUAUUGUUCUGUGGAUUCGCGCGGACCCUCCCGUGUCGAACGAUUUCCAUUGGGGAUACUAUUUUCACACAGCCAAAUUGAAGGGCCACAAAUAUCAUAUGAAGAAUAUGGGACAUGGGUGGAUCGCGGAUCAUGGUCCUACCAACGGUGUCUUCAAGUCGAACUUCCUCUGUGUUCUGAUCCAGAUUGCCAGCAUCCCACCGGAAAAGAAGUCCCUUGUUGAUCAGAUCAUGAGGUCGCGUGAUGGAGAUGUCAACUCAAUCCCAGGGAUGUCCUGCAGAGUUUGGGUGUUGACUAUUGCCGAAAAGCUCUCAGAAAAUGGGUUGGUCAGGUACACCAGCCGUGAUGCGCUAGAGCAAGAGUGUUUCAGGGUUGGAAACCAGUAUAGCGCUGCUGCCGCAGAGAAUACCCAACCGCGUCCUGUUGUCAGAUCCGAGGUUUGCCAUUGA